ACAAAACCCCCCUCGCAUCCUCCCUUCCCCUCAAGGCUGCCCUAGGACACUGGCACUGGGACACUCAUUUCAUUCCUCCACCUCCAUCAGCAUAGCCGCUUUCCCCGCCCUGCCUGUCUGCCCUCCGAGUCUUAUACUAUGGCGGACUUAAGAAUAUUGUUGUCUUAAGAGAUAAGUGCAUUUUGAGUAGUACUGCGCUGACGUAUAGAAUGAUCCUCGCUAUUCUGUUUCUUAUUUUGUUUUUGGCUGUGGUGCUACGGGUGUAUGUGUAACACCGCGAAACUGUGUGUGUUUGUUCUUGUGCAGUGAUGAUGUUGGAAGACUGGCGAAGACCUAGUUAACAAGCAAUAGAAACCUUCAUGUAAAGAAGAAAAAGAAAAAAAAAAGAAACAAUCGAAGACAGCUCACUUACACGAGAGAGAGAGAGAGAGAGAGAGAGAGAGAGAGAGAGAGAGAGAGAGAGAGAGAGAGAGAGAGAGAGAGAGAGAGAGAGAGGAAACGGCAGAAGGGCGCCUUGCAAAGCGCCUAUCACCAGUACAAAGGGCACGCAUCUCUUUCCCCGUGCUAACGGGCGUAAAUUCGUCUCGUCCACACUUACAGCUACAGCGUUUCUCUGCGUCCCAGGGAGUUUCAGCAGGCAUGGGAAAGUGGGUGUUGGUGCUGGUGUUGGUGUCGCCAGGACUACUCGGCGGUGCUCAAGGCCUGGUGGCGCAGUGUCCUAAGGCAGGUUCUAACAUACCAUCUUACUGCACCUGUUCCAGCACUUCUGUCACCAUCCGAUGCGACUUCCAGAAUCAAGAGGAGGUGAUGCUGACAAGUGACCUGCUGGCGCCCUACGGGAACAUAAGCAUCAGCUCCACCUACGUGAGGGUGGCCAACGCAACCUCUCUGCUCGUGAGGAGUGACUUCAUGGUGACCUGGCUGAAGGCGCCAUCGUCCGCCUUCGACAUCUGGCACUGCGGCGAAAUCACUCUGCAGUCAACUCCCAGCCCAGCCAACAACACUAGGGUGAAGUCGGGCACGUUCGCUGGCGUGGGCAUCGUGAACUGUAGCAUCCCGGAGCUGCCCCCCAACUUCCUGCGGGACCGAACACGCGGCACGCUGAGAGUCAAACAAAGCAAGAUCGGGGUGCUGCGGGCCGGCUUCUUCAACAACGUGCAGGAGAUGCGGUACAUAGUGCUGCAUGACUCUGACGUGGAGGAGGUAGAAGGCUCGGUCACUACGGAGGGUUUCGUGACGCUCAGCCAACGGGAUGUGCACACCUGGAACGGCCUCCUCCUCUCCAAUGUUACCAUUGGCACUCUGGGUCCUGGCGCCUUCAACCUCACCCAUAAGUCUGACAUGGAGGUGAUGACAGUGAAGGAUUGCCUGGUGGGCCGGAUAGCACCAGGCGCCCUCGCUGCCAGGGGUGACAUCGAAGUCACUAUCACGGGCAACAAUUUCCUCGAAUUGGAGAAAGGAGCGUUCAAGAUUAACGUGACAGGCAGUGUGAACUUCAACCAGAACAUCAUGAAGGCGCAGGGACUCGAAGCGCUGGCGGAAAUGAGCUGCCACAACGCCUCUUCCAUUCAGAAUAACACCAUCCUUGUCUCCAAACCCGUGCGUCCCGUAUCUGGCAAGUCCUCCACGCCCUUCCACCCCUCCUGCGGCAAACCUCAGCUGUUCAUGGUGCUGACCCCGGCGAGGCAGGUGCUAGUGAUGGAGGACACGAGGGUGGCAUGGGUGUUGGGUGCCACGCUGGCGGUGCUGGGCAUGGUGAUGGUGCUGGGCGUGGCUUGGUUCUUCAGGAGGCGUCGUCCCGUCUGGACACCGGGACGCUUCUCUGGCACCUUCAUGGGGCGCAACCGCAAGACCUCACUGGAAAACCUUCCCCGAAACAUUGAGCUAAACAGUACUCGUGAAGACCUGGAGGCGGGGACAUCGGUGAAGGAUCUGGACAUGACGUGCGAGCCCCAGCAAGAGAACGAGCAGCCUCUCCUGGACGAAGGCAGUGGUGAUCAAAGCACCCAGUCUUUCGAUGAUUAGCAGUUCGAUGUUUCCGAUAUCCAGUACAAUUCUGCCAGCUUCCCCAGUGAAGAUCUCGACUUUUUUGUUGUUCUGUCUGUUUUCUUUGUGUUGACAAUACAGUGCUCUAUCUUAACCUCCAAGUCACACGUGGUAGUCCAAGGGCACCAUCUCGCCUUAGUAAUGCUGCACAGAAGAUGGUUAGAUGUACAGAAGGAUGUGCCUUUGUGAGGACCACCAACAGGCGUCGCCAUAUUUUUUUGCUUCUGUUUUUAUGAACUAUUUAUCUACCUACCUAUCCAUCUAUUUAGCUAUCUACUAGAGGAAUUUUUUUAUCCCGUUGUCAAACAAAAUUCAGAGCUCCUACACAAUGAGGCCAUCCACAGCCGACGGUCACUGCUGUAUUGGAUAACAGUCUUGAGGAGUCAAUAGAAAUAUCUGAUGGAAUACCAUCUGAAGCAUUUUCUUUUAUUUUUUUAAAUAUUUGUUUAAGCAUUUAUGUAUCUGUUUAUUUAUUUAUUUAUUUUGUUUCUAUAUCUUAUAUUAUAUUCUACUUUUAUUGUUGAUUUAGUGAUCUAUUUGAUUUUUACUAAAAGCAGGAAUGGCGGGCUGCUGUGGGCGUAACCGCUACAUAGCUGUGCGAGAGCUAAAUAUUAAUCAAGCAGGAGAUUUGCAAGUCUACUUAUUGUAAUGUAGGUAUUUGAUUUUUACAGUGUAUGCUCUUUUAUACAGAUCAUAGACUUUUUUUGCAAGUUCCGUAAAAUUAUUAGUGAAUAUAAAUUUCCUUAUAAUUGUCAACAUGAGCAUUUCCAGUUAUUGAAAACAAUACGAGCAAAA